AUGUCUUCUUUCUUUCGCCGUCAUGUUCGUGGCCUUUUAAGAACAACAUUUUCUGCUCCUCAAUCAACUGAGACUAUAUCCUCAAUCGCCACGAACAAUGCUGAUGACGAUUUUGACAAUCAUGAUGAAUCUGAAGAGGAAAGAUUGUUAUUAUCUCUAGACCAUCGUCUUGGACCCGCUGGCACUUCCACAGAAAAUAAUUUUCAAUCUAGGAAUGGAAAGAAGAGACAGAGUGCUCCCGAAGUUUAUUCUGGAAAGACCGGCCUCGAUCUUCCUAAUAUUCAUAUUGGCCCGUUAUCUAUGCCUAUAAAAGCGUGCCAUACUGGACCUGAGGGGGGACUUACUUGUGUACAACCAAUGAGGCAGAGGACGAUUGCUAAGAUGGCAAAGUUGGACGAUGAAGAGUUUAGUCUUAGCUCGAUGGACGAGGAGGUGGAUGAAAGGGAGGAGGAAGAAGAGAAUGAGGAGGUGAGGGAAGAGGAGAAUGAAGAAGUGAAGGAAAGGGAUGAAGAGAGGGAAGAAGAGAAGGAGGAAGAGGAUGAAGGGAAGGAAGAAGAGAAGGAAGUUGGGGAAGAGAAGAAGGAAGAGGAUGAAGAAGAGAAUGAAGGGAAGGAAGUUGGGGAAGAAUUGAAGGAGGGAAGAAGAGAGAAUGGGGAAGAACGGGCCGAGGAGGAGAUUGAAGAGAAGAGGGGAACUGGAGAGAAAAAGGGGACUGAAGUGAAAAAUGAGGUGAUUGAAGAGAUGAAUGGAUUUAGGCCUGUGGAUGAAGAUCAGGAGGAUCUCUCCGGAAGAUACCAACAACAAACUCAAUUGAAUAAGCCUACUAAAGAAACAAAAUUUUUGGAAGUCCCUAAGAAGGAUAAUAAAAAAAUUAAAAGGACAACGAGAAAAAGUAGAGGAGGAGGAAAGGCAUUAAUCCAAUCAGCCGAUUCAAUAGAAGCACUCGGCCUUGUUGGGGUUGACGACUUUUCCCCCUUCCGUAACGGGAGUGCUUUGGAACAACUUGAUUGGUCAAGUUGGGAUGAACACCGAGCUUUAGGACUUUCAACAUCCUUGUAUGAACGCCAUCCAGUCAGUGGACUCCCUGCUGGACACCCAAUUGCGGAUGUUUUUGGAAUUAUUGCUAGGGAGAAUAAUGCUAUAUUGGCGUUGGCUGAUGGAGUAAAUUGGGGUGAUGGCGCUCGCCUUGCAGCACGUUGCGCAAUUCGUGGGGCUAUUGACCACUUGAAUAAUGCUAUUGAACGUCAACAAUUAAACACUACAAAUGAAAUUUUUCACUCAAUGCUAGGAGCUUUUCAUGCAGCACACGCACUUAUAUUACAAGAGGGUGGCGCUUUAACUACACUUUGUGUAGCAUUUGUGGCGCCAGUUAAAGAUUCAGAUUCAUCGGUACUCUGUGUUUGCAAUGUUGGUGAUUCUCUAUGUUUUGUUUACAACCAAACACAUGGCGUAAAUGAAAUAACUCUUGGUUCACACAAUAUUGCGCAAAUGAGAGAUAUGCGCGACGCGGGAGGCGCCCUCGGCCCUGUAGAUGGUCGAAAUCCUCAGCUUCACAAUUUAACUUGUUCAAUGACUUUUGUGGAAAAAGGGGAUUUAGUCUUUAUUACCUCAGAUGGAAUAUCUGACAAUUUCGAUCCAGUUGUAGGCAAAUUUUGCUCAAUUAAAAGGCCACGGGAUGAGGCGGAAGAGGAAGUAACUGAAACUAUUACCAAUGAAAAGGAGAAUAAUUUAACAACAAAUAAUCAGCAAAGAAACAAGUAA